GUAGCUUCGCCGAUCCCACUUUUGGUCUUUUUCCAGGUCCCGGUUUCUUCUCCUCCUUAUCCCUUUCCCUCUCUGAGGAGACAAGCCCAUCCUGCAGCACCAGCGAGCGGCGUUGCCGGCUUGCAGCUCCACACUCUAGGGUUUUGUCCAAAAAAGCCCCCCCCAAAACUUCACUCCCCAACUCUCUCUCUCUCUCUCUCUCUUUGUGUGAAGGAAGAGGAGGAUGCAGAAGCCGGGGAACCCCAUGGGCGCACUCCCAGGGCAGGAGAAGACGAAGGCGGAGGCCCCCGGUCAGAUGAAGAAGAUGCCCAAGAUGCCCAAGAUGCCCUCCCCUCAGGAUCUCCUCUCCCACUACGAGUCUCAGGGACUGGACUCCCGCCAGGCCUCCCUCAAGGCCAUUGACGACCUCCAGAAGUUGCUCUUCCGCGUCGUCUCCUCCUCCCGGGGCCCCAGGGCCGACAACAAGGCCCCGCCCGACCAACCCCCCCGGAGGCUGGACGCCGUCAACGGCCGGCUCGCCGUGCUGGAGAUGAAGGUGGACUCCAAGCCCGGGUACGCGGGGGCGUUCGCCAUCGGGGUGGCUUCCGGGGCCGCCCUCAACGGGAUGGGGAGCCUCUUUCCCCACGUGCUGCGCUCCCUCUCUCAGAUUUGGACCUCCGUCACGGAUCCUCACCGUCACCAAUGAAAGCCAAACUGGAGCAGCAGCAGCAGUAGUAGACUGAUCCUUUGUUGCUUUCCGCCAUUGCCCAUCAAUCCAAUUCGAACUCGGGACUAUCUUGAUUUGUUGUUGGGUUUCUCUUUUUCCAAUUCCGUAUUUGAAAACAGAGGAGGAGCAGUCCGUGGGUCAUCGUCGCCAGCCGCCAUGUACCCGUCGCCCCUUCGUUGUCGCAUCGUCCUGUGGUGGAUAACAAGGGAGCACGGCGAUAUCCGACGUUGUUACUCCUACUAAAGACCUGAACUUUAAGAUUAAAGAGGCGCCCUCGGGUUCCAACUCUUGACUUUUAUUA